AAGCAAACCACUUUUGUUCAUCCAUCAAAUUGCAACCAUGCUGCCACCACGGAUGGUCCUUCUUCCUUCAACCGUCGGUUUCAUCUUCCUCCUCAACCUCUUCAUCUCUCUUCUCAAAUGGAUCUUCACUACUUUUCUGAGACCACCAAAAAACCUCACCCACUACGGCUCAUGGGCUCUCAUAACCGGAGCCACUGACGGCAUAGGGAAAGCCUUAGCCAAAAAAUGUGCACAGCAAGGCCUCAACUUAAUCCUCGUCAGUAGAAGCCACAACAAGCUCAAAGCAGUGGAAACUGAGCUCCGAGCUGAAUAUCCCGACACCAAGAUCACCACCGUGGAGUUUGACUUCACUGGUAAUAUCUCAAACGGUGUUAGAUCCAUAGAGAAAGCCAUUGAUGGAGUGGAAGUAGGAAUUCUUAUAAACAACGUGGGGAUUACAUACCCAUCAGCCAUGUUCUUUCACGAGGUUGAAGAGAAAGUAUGGAUGGACAUCGUUAGGGUUAAUCUGGAAGGAACAACUAGGGUUACGAAAGCUGUUUUAUCAGGGAUGAUAAAGAGGAAAAGAGGUGCCAUUGUGAACAUCGGUUCAGGUGCGGCCAUUGUUGUACCUUCACAUCCUCUCUUCACAAUCUAUGCCGCUACAAAAGCUUACGUUGAUCAACUAUCAAGAUCUAUGCAUGUGGAAUACAAAAAAUUUGGAAUCGAUGUGCAGUGUCAGGUACCUUUGUAUGUUGCAACAAAAAUGGUAUCGAAAGUGGCAUCGAUAGAGAAAAGAUCAAUGUUUAUACCAUCGCCAGAUGAUUAUGCUGAAGCUUCAAUUAGUUGGAUUGGAUAUGAAGCAAGGUGCACCCCUUACUGGCCUCACUCUCUUCAAUGGAGCUUCGCUUCCUUGCUCCCUCACUCCAUCCUUGAUGCUUGGCGUCUUUCCAUUGGCAUCCGCAGGAGAUCACACUCUACUUUCACAUGACCUCAAUUACUCUUUACUUGUUUCUGCAAAUAAUAAUGAAUUUAAUUAUUGAUUUAUUCCCUUUUUAAUUGUUAAAAUUAA